AGCGGCUCAUUCGUGUUUCAACCGUCGCCCUGUAAACAUCAUACGCGUAGUCAGUCAUACCUUGUUUUCUUCGAUUCUUUUAUUGCUAUGUCGUUGGUGGUGCUGCUAUUAUUCCAAUAAGGAAAACCGGGAACAAAUCGCAUAUUGCGGCGAACGUGAUCGUUUUUUUUUUCGGCGACAGUCAAGUAGAAAUAACUUUAAUUUCUGCAUCUGCAAACACAUACGCGUACGCCAACAAGGAGCAGUCAGUCUGAAAGAAAAGUGUGAAUUGUGAAAUUUUUCUCGAAUGAACUUCGUUGUUUACCCAAAGCUGCCGUGACAAAGGGGUGUACUAGAUGAUAUUUUUUUGCGUGUGUUGGUAGACUGUGAGGCGAAGUUAUGUGCUAGGCUUUAUCUUCGAUAAUGUGCAAAGUAAGCCAUUGACUGUACCAUAUAUUUGUCCGCUGACAAUCCCAAAUAAAUAAUUGAUGAGUCCGUGAGGAACCUUACUGCAGUAAGGUCAACGCUUAGAAAAGAAUUCGUGAUUUUUAAACGCACAUACUAAGCCAGUAGCCGUAUUAAUAAAACAGAUCAAGUGACCUUAGAGUGGAGAGGUGAGACAGAGAUUGAUAAAUGAAAACAAUUUAUUCAGCAUUUUGCCUUGAGAGCGAUUACGGAACGUCUUUUUUUAUUGAAAAGCAAUUUUGUGUUACUAGAAGUGCCAUAGUGUGCGUGCGUCUAGCGCAACUUGUGUCACGAAGGCAAAAACAAACAAGUGUCUAGUUGGGAAUUUGGAUAUCGUCGUGAGCUACCAAAAAUAUACGAGUUCAUUCGAAGAAGCGAGCAACAUGCGGAAUAAUAUUAACAACAACAGCAUGGAGUCGUUCUACGAGGACAGCAACGGGCAGUACGUGCCGGCCACAAGCCAGGCACCAACGAAUACGAGAAAUGGACUGAAACGACCUGCCACCCUGGAACUAAAUCCGGGCAAAAGUCGCAAGGCGCGAUACAACGCUUCAGUGACGGCGCCGCCAGUGCUAACCUCGCCAGAUUUGCAAGUAUUGAAACUGGUCUCGCCGGAACUGGAAAAGAUAAUCAUCAAUAACGAAGUGCUGCCCACGCCGACGCCAAGCAGUAUCCUCUACCCGACCAAGGCCACCACCGAGCAGGAACAGUUUGCCAAAGGCUUCGAUGAAGCUCUCCUUUCGAUGCAUGAAAAAGACAACAUCAACAAGAUGAACAUCAACAAUAAUAACAACAACACCAGUAACAGCAACAAUAACAACACCAACAACAGCAACAAUAGCGUUUCCUCGGUUGUAAGUGUCACUACCGCAUCGACCACCACUCACAACACGAUGAGCGGCGGUGACAUCACCUACACAGAUCUCGAUAGCUACCCCGGGGUAAUCAAAGAGGAACCACAAACGGUGCCGCAGUCCCCGCCCGUCAGCCCAAUCGACAUGGAGAACCAGGAGCGCAUCAAGUUGGAGCGUAAGCGACUGCGGAACCGCGUGGCCGCCUCCAAGUGCCGCAAGCGUAAGCUGGAGCGCAUCUCCAAGCUCGAGGAUAAGGUGAAGGACCUAAAGUCACAGAACACCGAACUGUGCAGUAUCGUGUUCAACCUGAAGCAGCACGUGAUCCAGCUGAAGCAGCAGGUGAUAGAGCAUCACAGCUCGGGCUGCACCAUCACACUGACCGGAAAGUUCUAAGUCCCAACCACCCUUCCUACUAUUAGCUUGCUGCUGGCAAAACGCUCUUUCGACCUGCCGUGAUCAGUGUAGAGGCCGAUCGCGAACGCGAUGAGGAACUAUUUAUUUACAAUCUUGUUGCUGAGAUGAAGAAAACACCUACCAUAGUCCCGUUUCCUGUAUCUCUCUUCCCGUCUAGAGUAAGUAAGUCAAAGGUAUAAUUCAUAGUUCUGUACAGCAUAGCGCUACAUACUGCGACGAACAGAAAUGCCUUACAAGUUGAAACGAGCGUUAGUGUUAACCAUUAGUGUGUAAGCGAUUACUUAGAAGCAGAGCGGAGCGGUGUGCAUAUUAUGAAUAACGAAAAAAAUAUAAACGCUUGAUUAUUUUCUGUUGCAAGGCAAAAGAUGUAACACGUAACACACAAUACACACCUACAAAUAAACAAAACAAAAGCAAGAUGAUUCUAGUCUACGAAGAAAAAGUUCGCAAACAAUGAAAUUGUUAGCGUCUAUAAUUUUUUUUUAAAUUUACAACACAAUUGUAAACAAUGAACUCAAAUGUGUCAUAAAAUGUUCCAACCUGUAAACGUACCAAGUAUUGUGGAUAAUCGUUUUUGUAUUUGUUUGGAGAAAUAACUUUAAUACGGUUAAGUAAAUUAUUUUCAUUAUUAUUUUUACUCAGUUACUGUUGUAGUCAUCGCAAUAGGCAAAGCAAUCCUAAUUUCAAAUUGUAUUUCUCAAUUUAUUAGAAGCUUUCGGUUUCUCCUAGUUUUGUUGCAUCCUUCAAUAUUGUAAGUAUGAAGUUCUUAGUUCUACCAACCAAUAGGUACCAUUAAAACCAAUCAAACCUAGCUAAGCAUCGAACGAACAGUGCUGGAAAGCUUUAUGGAUGUGAGCAUUCGAAAGUUAUUUACAAUAAAGAUUUUUUAAAUUCUAAA